AUGUCUGGUAUCCUCUCCCGAGCCCCGAGUUCCGAACCGUCCAACAUGCCGACAAUGCAGAGCCCGCAAAGUCAAAUGCGAUCAACCGCCGGCGCGGACGUCACGUUUGCUAGCCCUGAUAACACUUCCUCCUUCGAUCCUACUCUCACCGAGGCGGGCACAAAGCGCCGACGUAUCCGGCGGGCCUGCGAGCACUGCAGAGCUACAAAAACUAGGUGCUCCGGUAACUCUCCUUGUGCUCGGUGCCGCAUUCGUGGCUUGUCCUGCGACAAUGCCCGCACUCAAGCGGCAUCGAGCCGUGCGCCAGGACAUGAUCGUCCAGGGGCCAGUCCGAUACCUGACCGUCAAGUUUUGAAUGCCGACUCGGCCUGUGGGAAGACUACACCUGGCGAUGCGACAUCUGUCAUGAAGCUCGAUCCGGCAGUUGUCCGGCGAUAUAUCGAAGCCUAUUUCGACUAUGCGACCCCCCUAUCAUGCAUCUUUCUACACAGACCGUCGGUGCUUGCUGACUGGAGUCAGGGUAAGCUCGACCCCGUCUUAGCCCAGGCUAUCUCCGGCAUAGGAUUCCUUCUCCUGUGUGAUGAAUCUCCCUCCAAUCUAUCUGGAGAGGAACCAUCUUCAGCACAUGACUGGAUGAGCGAGGUCCAGCAGCGAUUAUUAGCUCGGAUAAGUCGAAUCUCCCUCGCUCAACUCCAAGCACUCAUCCUCGUCGUUCAAUACCGCUUCAGACACGGUGAUAGGAGCGAUGCGUGGAACCUACUCCCAGUAGCCUCGCGGCUAGCUUUCACCAUGCGACUCAACUAUGAGCUCCCCAAUCCGGAGCCUAUUGUGCAGGAAUCUCGGCGCCGUACUGUAUGGGCAGUUUGGCUUAUGGAUCGAAUUUUCUCCGGCGGCAACGUAGAUUUAACCGUGUGUCCGAAAGAGGCGAUACACAUUCGCUUACCAUGCAGUGACUAUGGCUUCCAACGUGGAAUAGCCUCUGUCACUCCGAAAUUGGAGUCUCCAACUUCCCUUGUUGACAGUGCUAGCAUGGAUAUUGUUAGCUAUUAUAUUCUGCUUCUCGACAUUCGUGAUCGGAUUCUCAGGACUACAAAGAGCAUCAUACGAGAAUGUGCGAACCCGGCGAUGAGGAAGCACGAAUUAGAAAUGCUACAAAACGAGUUGUUCGAGUUCGAGUCUAGUCUCCCAACAGAUUUCAGGCUGAGCACAAAGCGACUCCUCCUUAAGACGCACUCAACCGACGCCGGCGGUUACAUUACCCUCCAUAUUCAGUGGUUCCAAUGUAAUUGCGAUUUGCAUCGUCUUUUCAUACCGGGAAUCCGCGAAUCUGUCGGCAAAGAUAUCCUCGACAAUACCCCUCCCGACCUCGUAGACGCUUGUCAGCGUGCCUGUCUCUCCAACGCUAUCCGGGCCUGUAACUUUCUAGCGGAGCUUGACUGCCUAAACUACUCCGGCUCCCUUGGUAGUACUUUCCCCGCCGUUGCUGCGCAUCAGAUGGUCUGUAUUUUGCACCAUUUACACCAUCUCCUUCCCCCGGACGGGCCUGACGCCUUGCCUAACCUUAAACCCCGUCUUGCCCGCGCGAUAAACGUCAUAUCGCGCAAUCAGCUCCGCCGAGGAAAUGUAUUCGAUGGGAAACUCCUAGCGGACACCCAAUCUCUUGUCAUUGCGUUCGGGAAGAAGCGUGCGCCGCAGUCUAACGGCGGCAAAUAUCGGAGGCGUAACCCUCAAUACCUGCCAUCAAGCGGCUCCUUCUUGGACCACUUCGACGAGACCUCCGAGGCAGCUCAGACAGAUAUUUUAUCAAAAGAAGAACAGGAUGACCAGAGUAUUAAUUGCAACGACGGUGGCAGUGGAGGAACCGAUAGCGAUAAGAGCGACAUGACGCCGCUAACCGUCCAAGAAGUCCGUGCAAUUGAGGGUCUCAUCUCGUCAAGUCGCAGCUACAUAAUGCCAUCGUCAUCCGUGGACCCACCGCCAACGCAGCCUGCUUGGCUAAGUCCCCUGUCUUUCAGAGACUCGGACAUCGCUGUGCGCAACACUAACAUCAAUGUCGAUGAAUCCGAGGCUAGAGGGGAUUUGGGAUUCAUAGCCCAACAGGAGCAAGCAAGUUUUGAGUCAUGGGACCCCCUUAAUGCAUAUAUAAAUGGCUACUAUAUUCCAGAGUUUACAGCCAUGUUUUCGGCGUCGGAAAUCUGA